AUGGCGGGAGGCAACGCUGACAAGGGACAGCGAUACAUCACGUCCUUGGACCAGGCGCGAGCGCAAGGCAGAUGGGACGAAGUGCCUGAACUCAUAAGAAAGAUCAGAAAGCAUGCGCCAACACGCACCUGCGCUGUCCAAACCGCAACCGCGGAGUCUCAGGUUGUGGCCUAUCUCCAACAGAAGUCGUCCACCGAGAAGCCUUUGACCCCGAAUUUGACAGAGCUUAUUCCUGGCUUGCUCACAGUCAUCGACACCAAUGACGGGACACCUGAGGAGAUUUUGCAGGCACAGGUUUGCCUAGGAUGGAUUCAUUGGAUUCUGAGCGAGCCGGCUCUGGCUGUCGAACGCUUACCACAAGACCUUGUCAAGUCUUUGGCAGAAUUUUCCGCUGCAGGUCAAAAUCCAUCCUCAUGGACAGAAAUCUGCUUGGUCAGAGGUUGUUAUAUCAAAGGUGCUGCGCAAGUUGCGAUCACCGGAAUGGACGAAAGCCUGGAGACAUUUGCGGCCCUGUCUACAUGGCUCAGCGACGGAAGACUAGGCUCAAGCAACCCUCAAUUCCUGAGCUGGGCGGAGGCUUUAUUGUCGAAGGGUGCAAUUAUGGCCAGUGAUGAGACUCAAGCAAACUCUCCAGACUCUGAGACCAGACAUGUGGAGAUUGCACUUCGACUUUUCCGAUUAUGGGCUGCUCUACCUGCGGUCAAGCAAGGCUUGCCCCCUCAAAAGCCAUCCUAUCUUGAUGCGCCCGCACCGCAUUCGCGGUGCAUUGUGUGGAAGGCGUACUAUGGGCUUCUCACAACUGUUCUCCAAGACGGGCUCCCAUAUACGGCAUCUCGCGAAGGCAAUGAACGGCUCCAGCUGGCUAGCGAAAUAAGACGUGUAGAGUUCAUUUGCGAGAAUAGCGUCAUCCGAGACGCGACAUUCCCCAACGCGAGCUCCGACAACGCUGAGAUCGAAACUUGGGUGGAAAAAGUGAUUGCCAAUUGGGAGAUUAUGUGUGGACCUCACUGGCAGGAUCACGAUCUGGGCGAAGGCGGCCAGGUUGCCAUGGGACGGAAUGUCUUGGACAUUCUCUACCGGGCAGCAUCAAAGACUUAUCACUCUCAUUUGAUUUUACGACGUCUUUUCCACGUCCAUUCGGCUCUCACAGAUUUUGAACUUGCGAUUCAGGCUUUGGAUUCAUACAUCGACAUCGUCACCGGUGCGAUGAGUCGUGCGGAAAAGGGCGCUGAGUAUGGUGAAUUGGAGAAACCUGAAACAUUUUUGCAGACUCUCUCGGAAGGAGUGGUUCUGUUGAGUUGUCUUGGGUCAUUUGACGAGGCGGAAAAGGCGAAGAGCUUGACAGAGCUUAUCAGGAGUCACCUCGAGAAGCAUGGCAUGGAUAUCUUGCCAGAAUCAUCAGAUCAAACCCUGAUGAUCACCGAGCGUAAUGCGCCCUCCCAAGCAUCCUCGAUUGAUCCGGUCAUUCUAGCCUCAACUUACCGGGCGGUUGGGAUUGGGCUUGCUAAUUGGGCAAAUUUCACUCCCCAGAAUGAGGCUCGAGACGAAAUUCGCAGUGAAGCUGUGGACUACCUGAUGAAGAGUGCAUCACCUUCCUUGGGAAAGACUAUGGAUUAUUCAACUCUUUACACGUUGUCCCUUGUGCUCGCUGAGAACCGUGACUUAGACACCGCGAUUGAAUACGUGAAGUCCGCACUUACUUCCCAUGGAUGCUCCGAAACUACGGAAGACUACUCAAGAGAGCGCGACCUCCUUCCUAUGUGGCACCUGCUCGCACUUCUUCUGAGCGCGAAAAACGAGUUUGACAUAGCUGAGCGCUCAUGUCAAGCUGCUUUCGAUCCGUUGCCCUCUGAGCUGCUCGGCAAGAGCUAUGGGGACAGGUCGGCAGACAAGCGCUUGUCUAGACCUUCGUCCAAUCCGAAAGAUCGAGAUGGUACGCCAAGCCGGCCAUUUGUGAGUCGUUUGCAUAGUCGAGAAAAAGAGCGAAUGCUGCAACUUCGCAUAACCCAGCUUUCAUUUGUGGAGGUCAUGGAAGGGCCUGAAGCUGCUGUGAACCAAAGUGGUCAAUUGCUGCAUCUUUUUGCCACUUUGUUCCAUGAUCUGAACCUCGAUAGCAAUGAUACCGAGCCCAAAGCUGACCAAUUGGUGCCACCUAAAAGCUCCGCGGGUACGACACGGAGUUUCAGAGGAAGCAUUUUCAGUCGGCAUCGCGCAUCCCAUUUGAACGAUCGCCGGGCUGAAUCCUCAUUGUCCGCAAUCCCACCAGUGCCUCCCAUCCCAAAUGGAAUGGCUGGCGCUGGAGAUGCACCCAGCAUUCAGAUCACCCGCGAAGAGCGUGACGGCCGAGGUAGCCCUUCAACCCUAGGCAGGUCCGACUCGCAUAAGGUGAAAAAGCGUGCCAGCAGCAUUCUCAAGCACGAGAAACCGCGCAAUGAAGAGCAUCCUCCGUUGCCCACCGGACCGAUGAACGCGGACACAGUAGACUUCGCUGUUUCUGCAGCUCACUCGACCCAGGCGACAGCACAUCCUGUUGGGAUGGAGCAAUCCUCACAAGCAGUUGCACACAGUAUGCCCGUUCGACAAAAGCCAGUCUCGGCUGGUCACGAUUAUAACUCACACUUGCACGAUGUUCGGCUUCCGCGCUCUCAUCGAUUCAAUUCCCCCACAUUUGCUUCGAUGAAGUUCUCACAUGCUCGAUCCCAAAAACAUGCUCUGGGUCUGCUGGUUCAGAUAUGGCUUGUCAUUGCAGGAUUGUACCGCCGAGCGGGCUUGUUUGAUGACGCACGAGAGGCCUGUCAAGAGGCCUUGAAGCAAGCAUCGCGUGUGGAAACACUGACUGCGUCCUUUGAAUCUUCCGCUCGAGCCUUUAGCAAGCGUGGCUGGGACAACGCCAAGAGCUCUGAUGAGCUUUGGGCUGACGUUCUCACUGAGCAAGGGCUACUGUCACAGAGCCAAUCGAAGCCGCAUCAAGCGAUGAAGAUCUUUGAGGAGGCCCUGUUACGCUGCCCUGAUCAUCCGACGGCGACAAUCGCGCUCGCCAAUUUGCUUCUGGAUCUAUGGGAUCAGAAGUUGCCACUGGAGUCAUCAAAUGCAGAUGUUGAUUUGACACUUUCUCGCCUGUCUCUUCUGUCAAUAUUACCGAAGCCCAAGAUUGCAAACGCCAUCUCAAUUGACGAAUUGAAAAGACCCGCAUCCGAGUCUUCCUCUCGCCCAGGGACUGGAUCUCCGCCGCACGACGUUGAUCCCAAACAUUUACAUCGCUUGGCAGCCCGAGACCGCGCCUACGGCCUGCUUUCGUCUUUAACAAAGCUCGGCAGUUCGUGGGACAACUCUGAUGCUUGGUUCGCAUUGUCACGUGCCUACGAGGCCGGCGAGCAGAUCGACAAACUAAAGGAUGUUCUAUGGUGGUGUAUAGAACUUGAGGAUCGCCGCCCUAUCAGGCACUGGUCUACUCUUGGUUCGGGUCUUUACGUGCUCUAG